AUGUCGUCUGAUGCUUGGUUGGCCUAUGUUUGUAACAGUAGCAUAGACAUUCACUCAGACAACCCCAAAGGGAAGCAUAGAAACAGUGUGCUUGCAGAGGCAGAAUCUGCCAUGAUUGAGGGCAUCAUUACUGGGCCAGAAGGACCAGCAGAUGUGAUGGAUGGUCGCACUGCAACAUCAGAACCCAACACAAAACCCGAGAAAAAUGCAGGUGAAUACUCCGGUACUCCGUCACUCCGACAGAAUUCCGCGAAUGCAAUCCCGUCCAUCAAAGCACGAAGAAAAGCGAGCCAAGGCAGGGCGCGGCUGACUAAUUUGGCACCGGACUAUCGUGUGGCCGAGCCGUCGACGGGCCAGGGGUGGGUCCGCGCCCGUGAAACAACGGAACAGAUCGUCUUGGCGGCUUGGCAGCUUAGUCACGCUGGGUCCGGCAAAUCACCGUUGCGUCGACGUCGAAAGGACGGACGAACAGACGCAGCCAAUUCCUGCACUGGACAUGGAUGGAUGGAUGGAUGGGGGAGCACGGAGGGUCUCUGCCUGGAGCCAGUCUUCCGGCCGGUACUGUCCUGUCGAUGUCGAAGUUCAAAGCAACAUUUUUAA